UAUACAUAUGCAAACAUAUUCGUUGCCCGCGUCGUGUGUGUGUGCAAUCGGCAAUCAAUUUUUUUGUAAAAUAUCAUCGCGUCGGUCGCGCCAACAAUAAUUUCUGUGCAAAUUUCUGCUACCGCCGAGGGAUGCCCUGCGAUAAAGACAGGAAAGUAGCAGUUGGAUUCAAAGAUCCAAAAGAGGAAUCAGAGGUUCGUCGGGCGCCGAGGAUAUCCCCAAGUCGUUCAUUGCGACAACGGGACGAACUUCGUCGGAGCGAGCCGCCAUCUCAGCGCUCUGCGGAUCAGGCUCAAGGAGCAAGGAGACGCAAUUCACGACUUCGCGUCAAAGAACGGAUGCGAAUUUGCGUUCAUACCGCCGCGAGCUCCUCACAUGGGAGGGCUAUGGGAGGCAGGUGUAAAAACUGCCAAGAGCCUACUCCUACGGGCGGUAGGCAGCGCGCUCCUAACCGCCGAAGAGCUCGCCACAGUCCCCGUCGGCAUCGAGGCCAUAAUGAACUCGAGGCCGCUGGAAGCCAUCAACCAAGAUCCAAGUGACGGCGAGGCCCUAACACCCGGGCACCUGCUGACAGGCGGGUCGCUCAUCGCCCCCCAGCAC